AUGAACAGCCUGGUCGAGCGUUCGGAUGGUAUUCCGGGCUGCGAGGUCAGCGCCACGUGCAACACCAAGAUCAACAUCCCCAACUCCCAGAUCCCCUACGACCCCAACAACCCGACUGCCGCCCAAAAGGCCAGCGCCGCGCGUGACAACUGCGGUGCCAUCAACUCCUGCAGCGUCUUCAACGCCAAGGAGCAGCUCGUCUCCGUCACGGGCGCCCAUGCCUACCAGUCGCCGGCGACCAACCAGCUCCGCGGCCCCUGCCCGGGCCUGAACGCCGCCGCCAACCACGGCUACCUGCCCCGCAGCGGUGCACCCACCAUCCUCCAGACCAUCAACGGUCUGGGUGCCGCCUACGGCAUGAGCCUCGACCUUGCUGGUAUCCUGGCCGCGUACGCGGUUGCCAUUGACGGCGACCCAGUCACCGGCACCUGGUCCAUCGGCGGUCCCCAGGCCGGCCUCCCGAUCAUCGAGAACGGCCAGGGUAUCUCUUGGUCCCAUAAUAAGUACGAAGGUGACACCUCCAUCGGACGUUGCGACGCGUACAUCAACAACGGCGACGCCCACUCUCUGAGCACGACUCGCUACGCCUACGCCUACGAGGUGGGCAUGGCGGACGACUCGUACACCUUCGACAAGUUCGCGCAGGCCUUCACGGCCAACACCUUCCGCUCCAUCCAGCAGAACCCGUACUACUUUGCGCCGCUCUUCUCGACGACCCUGGUUGCGCCUGCUGCGUACAACUUCGUCAUCGCGUUCAUGUCCAACCAUACUGCCCAGCAGCCCGGCGGCUACCUGAACGGCGCCAUCUUCAAGGAGUUCUUCGCCAUCACCGGCGACUACCCCAACUUCUCGUGGCAGCCGGGUCAGGAGCGCAUCCCCAACAACUGGUACCGCCGCCCCUCUUCCCAGCAAUACCAGGCCGUCGGUGGCGUGUUUGGCGAUCUCAUCCCCAACUUCCUCGCCUACCCCAACAGCUUCCGCUUCGGUGGCAACACGGGCAAGGUCAACACCUACACCGGCAUCGACCUGGCCAACUACACCAACGGCGUGUACAACGCCGACAACCUCUUCCAGGGCAACAACUUUGCCUGCUUCGUCUACCAGAACAUCCAGCAGGGCCAGCCGGACAGCGUCAACGCCAACCCCCUGGCCUCGACCGUCGCCGGCAUCUUCACCCCCUACCUCAACAAGGUCUUUGGCGGCAUCACCUGCCCGCAGCUGCAGAGCUUGAACGACAACAACCUCGGCGUCUACCCCGGCCACAAGUACAGCCCCAACCCGCCCGCGAACGCGCCCGAGAACUGCUAG